CUCACUGAGCCUCCAGACAGGUGGCUGCCCAGAGUGGAGCCCUCACCCUUUGCCUCAGAGUAUUAUGAGUUUGCUGAAACUCAGGGAGAAAGAGCCAGCGCUUGGAUUUACUGUCUUCUUAUUGCAUGGGACCAAGACUGUGCCUGUGCUCCUUGUGACAGAGCUUUUGUUUCUGCCAGUUUGGUGUCAUUCAUGGCUUCAGAUGGCAAUGUUCUUCAGGUUCCCUUGCGGCAGAAGCCGAGAAAGAAAACUCAAGGCGUUUUCACGAUGAGUCGGAGGAGGAUAUCAUGUAAAGACCUGGGGCACGCCGACUGCCAAGGGUGGCUAUAUAAGAAAAAGGAAAAAGGAACUUUCCUAGGCAACAAAUGGAAAAAGUUCUGGGUGGUACUGAAGGCAUCGUCGCUAUACUGGUACAGCAAUCAAUUGGCAGAAAAAGCUGAUGGAUUUGUCAAACUGUCCGAUUUCACUGUGGAGAAAGCAUCUGAAUGCAAAAAAAAGCAUGCUUUUAAGAUCAGCCACCCGCAGAUCAAGACCUUUUAUUUCGCAGCUGAGAAUAUGCAGGAAAUGAACGUGUGGUUAAACAAGCUUGGAUUAUCUGUAAUUGAUCAUGAAUCCACUACAAAGGAUGAAGAAUGCUACAGUGAGAGUGAACAGGAGGAUCCUGAAAUAGCUGUGGAGUCAGCACCUUCUCUGUCUCUUUUGACAUCUCAGAAGGCCUCUUCAUCUUUACCAUCGCUCAGUGGAUCAUCAUGCUCUUUCUCAUCCCUGGAAAAUACCAUAAAGACAACCAGCACUUCGUCCUGUACCUUAUCUAAAGGAAGACAGUCCUGGAUUGACGUAAACAGUUCGUCUGCUGCUGAGGACGCAGGGCCAUCUAUAGCGUUUGCUGUGCAGUGUCACUCGCCCGCACCCUCAGAGGCAAACGGUCACCAGGCCCUAGAGAACAGCUCUGCCGCAUCGGAAAGUGGAUUUUUGAACUCUUUAUCUAGUGAUGACACAUCUUCAUUGAAUAGCAACCUAGACCAUCUUACUGUCCCAGACAAGCCCACUGAAUCAAAGACAAUGGACAGAGAAGAAACAAAAGCACCUGAAGAUGAUGAAAUGGAAAAGCUCUACAAAUCGUUAGAGCAAGCCAGCCUGUCCCCUCUUGGGGACCGACGCCCUUCCACCAGAAAGGAGUUGAGGAAGUCCUUUGUGAAGCGGUGCAAAAAUCCAUCCAUCAAUGAGAAACUCCACAAAAUCCGAACCUUGAAUAGCACAUUAAAGUGUAAAGAACAUGACCUGGCCAUGAUUAACCAGCUGCUGGAUGAUCCAAAGCUGACAGCCAGAAAAUACAGGGAGUGGAAGGUCAUGAAUACCAUGCUGAUUCAGGACAUCUACCAGCAGCAGCAGGACCCUGCAUCUGCCCCUGAAGGCAACCCCCAGGGAUUUGGGAAACCAUCUUCCUCGGCCUCUGUUGAAAGUUCUAUUUGAGAACAAGCCAGAAUUCUCUCCCCUUCUUCCCACAAGCAACUCUUCAAGAUGUUGCCAGAGCUCCAUUUUUCCAUAAAUGGAAAGCCAAGACUAGUUCCUCAAGCAUCAGCUCCCUGUAAAGAUGCAGUUUGAGUGAGGGCCAAUAGCAGCAGGACUCUUUCCAGGUGUGGCGUUUCCAUGGAGACGGAAGUGAUGGAGUCCAACUGAGCAGUCCUGUGUUUCUGUCGGGAGCUCACAGUUAUGCUGGGCUCUCGUUGGGAUUUGGGAACUCUAUCUUCUGUUCCUUGCUCUCAAGAGAAUUACGACAUUAUUGGACAAAAGAUCACAUUUUACUAGGGAUAGGUAUUCAUAGAAAUACUUGGUUCUCCAAAUGGAGAAGCACAUAUUCUACCUGGUUGGGGAGCUGAGUUCUCCAAAUCAUUUUGUUGAAUGAAGGGAUGCUUCCUAUAGCAGCAGCUGGAACAGGACAAAUGUUUUUGUGGAAAUCCCCUGCCCAUGGUCCAGAAGGGUUGUACCUUUUCCGUGAGUGGGGUAUGGGAGAAUUCAAGAAGGAGACAUGUGUUCUAGGUUCAUCCCCUUUGCUCAAAGGACAGCUUGGUGGUGUCACAGUUCAUCCAGCUUGGGGGGAGGGUGGGAUCUGACUCUGUUUCCUUUCCACAGCUAAAAAAAACCCUUGGAGGCCUCUACAAACUCCAAGCUUUUCUGAACCACCAUGGGAGACAAUGACAGGUCCAUCAGGGAAUGUUCACUGCUUUUGCCCUUGGCCGUGGUGCCUGUGCACAGUGUAAAUUUGUAUCUUGUUCCCCAGGUUAAAUCUUGACAAGACGAUUCUAUUAACUGAAUUGUUUAAAUAUCUUUACUCCCCCCCAAAAAAUCACCCAAGAAAAACAACAAAAGAUUUAAAACAUGAUUGUUUUAUUUUUGUAUGUUUAUGUCACUUUGUGUCCUGUGUGAAUAGCUGUGUUUGUUAUUUAAGUAUAUUUAUAGAAGACCUAAUUACCAGUGUGUUAAAAUAUGAUAUACUAUUGUAUCUUUUGCCGAGUGUAUAUUCUCAAAGCAUAUACAUUGUGCUUGAGAAAAAGAGGACUACUAUUGAUUAUCGAUUCGCUGGAGUUAUCAUAGACUGGAAUGUAUGCAGGAUGCUCAGGAAAUCUUGCAGGAUAACUGUGGAGCAUGCCAUAAUAGUCUUUUACGUUCUGAUCUCUCUCUCUUUCUCUCCUCCUCCCUCUCACCCUCCCUGCGGAGGGCUUAAACUUCUCUGUGUUAAGUCACUUCCUGAACCAGAAAUGGACUUUCAGCUGAAGUUACCCCUUGUAGGAAAUAAACUUCAAGUUUUAUGUCAUUUCUGUCCACAAGCCCUAAACCAAAUGAAACACAUCUAAUGUAGUCUUUUGUCUAAAGACUAAUUGAAAUUUAGGGGUCUGUUGUUAAAAAGAACUAAUUUUAUUAGAGAAACAAUAUGAAAGUCCUCCCUCACUAAUCAUCAUGAAUAUUUUUCACCACAAAAAUAACCACAACCCACCAAAAGCCCACUUUGGGCCUGCCCCUAGCAACUUGUAGACAUAACACAUUUUUCUGUAUAAAGAGUGCGGCUUGACAUUCAAAUGGAUGCAACCCCCUGAAUUUUAUCUGCAAGACAAAUGGAAAUAGUUGCUGCAUAUUUCCCCAACCUUUACUAAGAAGUCUUCAACCUGGCAAACAGAAAAAAAGAACCUUUGCAUUAAGAAAGGAAAAAAAGCACAAAACACAACAGGAAGCAACUUGUACAGCCAGAAGCUCAUGCACGUGGGUGGCGUGUCAGUCAGUCUGGCCAGGCAGACACUUCAAAGCUCCCACACCAAGCAGAAUGUGUUGGGCUGGGCGAGACCCAGACCACACAGAGGAGGGCGCCUGACCUGCGACGAGUUCCUGUUGACACCAGACAUAAGAAACGGUCCAAGUCCUCAGACUCUGGUUGGAGAGGCCAGUGUUUCAUCUCUGCUCUUGGAAUGAUCACCUAGCAGCUAUUCGAUGGGUGGGCGAUGGCCUAGGAUCCACAGUGUCAAGUGUGGAGGGAAGGGGAUACACUGGAAGGAAUGGACAAUAUAAGAACGGCGUAUGACAUACAGGUCUUCCACCUUUUGUUCUCUGGUUUCUAACACCAGCCUGUGCAUUUCAAGAGUUUUCCUAAAUUGAAGGCUUCCCAGAGUUUUUGGCUAGGGCUUGGAAUAGCCUAGGGCUGGGACUUCAGUGCUCGACCUUGGCUUUUCCUUAAUACUUACUUAACUGACCUUUUGGUGUAAAUUCCUUCAGAGCCACUCAAGUCAAAGUAGGUCUGUGAGGUUACUUAAUCUAGCCUUUCAGCUAUUUUUGAACAUCAGGUUAGCCUAGAAGUGUUUGCUUUGUUAGUUAAAAGGAGCUACUUUGCAGAAUCUCCCCAAAAGAAAGUUAAACGGAACUGCGCUGUUUUGCACCCUGCUCUCUGAGACCAAAAUCACCUUAAAGGGAUACUGUUCUACCCACUCUUGUAGACAAAGGGUCUGAGGGCUACGGAGUGGCCCAGAGCCUUGGCUGUUUAAGAAGGAAGUGGAGAAAUCUGAGCAUAACCAGGUCCAAACCUGUGGUGCUUCCUGUGCAUUAGGAUCUGAAUGAGACUCCUCUUGGGGGUUGCGGGAAGGACCACUGCUUACUGUUGUUAGAAUUGGCGCCUCGUGUGAUUCCCUCACUUGCUGGUACCUCAUAGCACAUGCUAAGUUAGCUGGUCCCACACUCAGGUCCCAUUCCUUGCUUUUAGUAAGUCUUAGUUCUAUUACAAUCCCAGGAUAGCAUCAAAGGCCUAGGAAGAAUCAUAAAGCACACUUUUGCAAACACUCCAGAAGUCCUACAAAAGAACUUACAUUUGGAGUCAGAGUUCAUUGUGAAACCAAUGUCUUUUGUUUACGUGUUAUUUCACAGUUUGCGAGCAGUGUGUUUCAGGACCCCCCUCCAGUGCCCCAGUGGUCUUCGUGGGGUGAUUGUGGAUUUUUACUACUCCUUUUGAUGGAGGAAGGAAACAAACUGAAAAGUGAGGUGCUGCAAAAGAGAGUACUUGGAGUUCAAGCCAGGACUUGAACUUGUCCCUUUACCUUGCGCAGUCGCUGUUGGGACUGAGCAGUUUGACUGGGAGUGUGCGCACCGUGGUGCUGAAAUGGGCCCUCGGCCGAGGUGGCUUUUGCAAAGCCAUCCAUUUGAACCCCAAGGGGCCUCUUCUCCUAGAACACGGCUCCUCCUCAUGAUCGCACAGGUUACUGUCCUUCCUGCCGUGACCCGCCGACUGUGAAUUGGCGUUCAACCUAAUCACUUGGGGUUUUCUUUCCUUCCUUCUAAAAGUCUCCUGCUUGUUAGGUGCUAUGAGAUCCUUGGGGGGCAGAGAUACACUUGAAGAAAUGGAGUGUUUUUAUUUUGUUUUCCUUUUGAAGAGCGUCAGUAGAUACCAGAGACUGAGCUUAGUGACUAGGGACCACUAGUCACCUCUCUCUGUUGCUUCUCAUGUAAUUAUGAUGGUAAUUUCCUUAGAGAGCCUUUAAAUCACAAAUAAUAUCAUAGAGAUGAAACACAAAAUACAAACACACUUUAAAGUCUUUUAAAGAGAGGUGAUAUUUAUAAGCAAUAUUUUGAUACAGCCACACAGAGAUUUACUGAGUAAUCUAAGCACACGGGAGGCCUAUCUAAAAAAAGUUACUAUUUACUGAAAAGCUGCCAUAUCCAAAUGAAGAUUUAGGAUGCAUCUAAUACAAUAUGAUAUUUGGAUGGGGGUUUCCCACUUAUUUCUCAUCCAAUUCUUUUGUAUCCUUAUCUCCCAAGAGAAACUAGGUCCUAGAAGCGACGGCCAUGCCAAGGCUUUUGGAACUUGGAAAGAGAAGCCCCUGACACCAGAUUUUAAUGACCCAUUUAAAACGGCCCGGGGAGAGGGACAAUGCCACCCCUCACUGUGUGACAUCCACCUCGGUGGACAAGAUGUUGAACAGCGACGUGUUUUGCUGUAUGAUAAAACUGGAAGCAUCCUCUUGCAUCCACUGCUCAUCUUUACUCUUCCCUGUAUCGCCACAGGCCACAGAGAAAACGUUCAAAAUGGGUUCUGUGUUUAAAAAAUAGUGCUUACAUUUCUCUAGCUGUGAGGAGACUUAACUGCCCUGUAUUGACAUUUCUUUGCCUUGAGUCCAAAGGGGAAGCAUGCCCCACGGAGACACUUAGCAUCCUGUAACAAAAACCAAGAUUAUAACCACCGUGUUUGUGAAUGUCCUUGCAUGAUGGCGAUGUGACCUUUAGCUCUGCAUGGUCUUUGGGGGCAAGAUGUUAAUGGGGAAGUGACACCUUCAAUUUCAUUGUGCUUUCAUUCUCUGUCACUAUGCUCUUGGACUGAACUGAAAAAGUGUCAUGGCUCAUUUCUCCUGCUUGAUGUUUUCCAGGUUGACUUGUUAGAUAAAAAUAAAAACAAGGUAACAUAUAUAAGUAAAAAGACAUGGGAAAAAUCAAAAUAUGCUAGUGGUGUUCAUUUUUUCCCCUGGCAAUGUUGCUAUCUUAAAAGAAGAAGAAGAUGAUUCUCCAAGUGUGAACCAGCUGGGUGUUUAUCUUUGGCAAAGGUUGUAUCGCCCUCUGGUGGCAGUCACAAAAAUAGAUUCUAGACUACUGAUGUUUUUCUUUUUAAA